AAAAUUUAAAUCGUAUCGCAUCUUCGCGAGAUAGCACACUUUCCGCAAUAUUUAAGUACAUGGUUUAAGUCCACACAAGUGAGGAGAUAAGAAAACUACCACGUCUUUUCAACGGUUCUACAACAAGGCAUUCACAUCCUACAGGCCAUUUUAACAAUCAUGUGGACUCUGUUGGUACUAGUCGCUCAGGUAAUGUGCGUUACAAGCGUGGCUCAUGCGGACGAGACUUCCUCUAUGUCAGCAUUGCUGGAGAGACUGCACGCAUUGGAAGGAAGAGAGCGCGCUCACGAGACGGAGCUUGCGUUUCAUAGAAAGCGUCUAGCCGAGCUGGAAUCCGCGCAGGCGCAGUCAAAGGUUCUUUCAACAUUGCUGGAUCCGGCAGCCCUUAAGAAACGCAUUAUCUACGAGGACGAGACAGUCGCCUUCCACGCGACAUUAGACGGUACACUUGAACACGGUCACGUGAGUCAACAAAUAAUCUUCAACAGCGUCAGCCUCAACAUCGGCGGCGGAUAUGACGCGAAUUCCGGGUCGUUCACGGCGCCAAUGGGCGGUCUUUACAUAAUCUCUACGUCCGUGAUGAGCCUCCACGGGACAGGGGCGGAAAUGCACGCAAUCAUCAUGAAAAACGGCGUGGAAGUUGCGGCGGCGUACGCAAAUGGCAUGGGCGGUUACAAGGAGCAAGGAUCAGUGACCGUUACAGUUCGAUUGGCAAAAGGUGACAUGAUAAAUGUCGCUGUUGGUCGCCAUGACGACUCCGGGGUAUGGGGUGACAAGCUGACAAGCUUUACCGGAUGUUUGAUUUUUCCCAUGUGAUAUUUUGAAAUCGUGAAUUUGCGACUUAAAUUCAUAAUAUCUAAAUAAAUAAUAACCGAAAAGGUUAGAAAUGUA